AUUGGGGCAUUGCCUCUAGCGAUUCCGAGCCGCAGAUCUCGCGAUACCUCCGCGAUCGAUUGGUCGAGGAUCUAGGAAGAGGUUCGGCGAAGUCAGACUGGCGCGUCUUCGUCAUUGCCUGGGUCCCCGCUCGACUCUUAAACCAGCUCGGGUCUCCUUAGACCUAGGUGGCCUUUCCCGUCAGGGAUUGGGCAGCCUGGAGAAGUGAGCGCUUGCGGUGUCCUCCCCCGCCCCGGCCACUGUUCCUGCAGCGGUCCUUCUCCUUUCCUUCCGAGGAGGGGCUGCAAGCGGUGCAAGGCGUUCGGGGCGAGCCGCUGCGGCCAAGCGACCGAAGUUGCAGCUAGGCGCGGGUGACUUUCCCACCUCCUCCCUCCGCGCGGGAAACUCCCUUUCGCUGCAGGGGGAGGAGCCGAGGUCCCCGGUUCGAGGGUCUCCUCCCUCUCGGCCCCGCUGGGUGGGGCGGACUUGGGGGUCGAGAUGACCCAGGAGCGGCCCAAGUUCUACCGGCAAGAGCUGAACAAGACGAUCUGGGAGGUGCCCGAGCGUUACCAGAACCUGUCGCCGGUGGGGUCUGGAGCUUACGGCUCCGUCUGCUCUGCCUUUGAUGCUAAAACUGGCCUUCGUGUGGCAGUGAAGAAAUUGUCCAGACCAUUUCAGUCUAUCAUACACGCCAAAAGGACCUACCGCGAACUGCGACUGCUUAAACAUAUGAAACAUGAAAAUGUUAUUGGACUUCUAGAUGUAUUCUCACCUGCGAAGUCAUUUGAAGAGUUCAAUGAUGUAUAUCUUGUAACCCAUCUUAUGGGAGCGGAUUUGAACAAUAUUGUAAAAUGUCAGAAACUCACAGAUGACCAUGUACAGUUUCUCAUUUAUCAAAUUCUUCGGGGUUUGAAGUAUAUCCACUCUGCUGAUAUAAUACACAGAGAUUUAAAACCUAGUAACCUAGCUGUGAAUGAAGACUGUGAGUUGAAGAUUUUGGAUUUUGGGUUGGCACGGCAUACAGAUGAUGAAAUGACAGGUUAUGUAGCAACCAGGUGGUACAGAGCUCCUGAGAUCAUGCUGAACUGGAUGCAUUACAAUCAAACAGUUGAUAUUUGGUCAGUUGGAUGCAUUAUGGCUGAACUUUUGACUGGAAGAACACUGUUCCCUGGUACAGACCAUAUUGAUCAGUUGAAGCUCAUUUUGAGACUCGUUGGAACCCCAGGCCCUGAACUUUUGAAGAAAAUCUCUUCAGAGUCUCUUCAUUGGUUGCAACUGUCACAUCAACUCCUUUAUACAUGCUGGGUUUUGCUCUGCUAGUUGCCAACUCCAGAUCUCGGGAAAGAGCAUGCUGGAUAAUGCAAAAUGUUAUUAAAGAGUAUAGCACGUCGAUAAACAGCAUCUUGUCAUCUGAAAAAGCUUUCAAACAAAUAAUUGAGACAAAGAUUUUGGUUAGCCUAGUCAUUGGUUUGAAUAACUAAUGUGACAUACAGAUCUGAUAAAUGUAACAUUAACAUACACAAAGUAUAAGACUUAUUAGGGAUUGAUUUUCUGAGAAUAAAUAAAAGACAGUAUUGAAGAUCAAGGUGUUCACAGAACAAUUCGAAAUUCUGGCCUUCUAACCUGGAAUCUGUGUUUCAGAGAUAGGGAAGCCAGGUUUUGUUUCCCUAUAGCUCAGCUGAUCCUUGAGAAUAGAUAAGUCUUGCUGUUCUUGUCAGUAUUAGUAAUAUCUUAAAAUGAUAUCAUGGUAUUUUCCUAAGCCUGGUUAGGACAAAUUUUUCCUCUUUUCAUGCUCACUUUUUAUAUGGCUAACAAUAUGAGAUCUUGAUAAUUACUAGUUGCCUUAACUUGCAUUAUUUUUUAGUAUGGAAAUUAGCAAUACCAAGGCUUUAUUCUUUGAUUGAAAUUUUUCCCAGAAUUGCUCAGUUAUACUAGUUGUCCAAAGGAAGAGAAAAUAGAGUCUUUACACUUUCCAAUGUGUGCUUCAAUUCCCUUUCUAAUUAAUCUUAUCAUAUACAGCCUCUUGUUUAUACUUGCCUUAUCUGGGAGAAAACAAGUUGCCCAUCUUUUCCCAUGUGACUUUUAGCUUGAUAACAAAAAAUCAGCAAUGAGUGAGUAAUUAAUCUGACGUCUUGUUGCAGAUAAAGAUAUACAUCUGCCAUAAAAGUUAAGGAAUUGAGCUUCUGCCUAAAGGCAAAAUACUCAAUGGAAGUUGAAAAAUCUGGUAUCCCUUAGUUUAGUUUGGUAUUUACAAUAUCAUGAAUUGGUUAAAAUCUUUUCUUCCUUCCCUAUACAGGCAAAUUGUGAUUUAGAAUGAAGUGUCAAUCAUGGAAUUAAAUAGACUAAUGUGUGCUCUCUUUUUUUUUUUUUUGCUAGUCACUUGUGCACACUUGGCUUUAGUUGAUUUCUUUUAUUCACUGACAAACUAGUAUUUUUGUGCUUUCUAAUAUUGCAUGUAUGCUUUGAAAGUUUAUAUCUAUAGGAAAGAUUCUUAGCUGCUGUACCCUCAAGGCAUUCCACUAUGUAGCAAAAGAGUGAAAGCUAAUUUGAGCAUUGACACUGUUGAAAUAGUAGCAAAGCCCUUGACAAGGCAUUUUAAGAUAUUAACCAGCUU